UCCCAAACCAUGAACAUUGUGGGCCAGUUUGCAGAGACCGUGUUUGUCACGGUGAAGGAGCUGUACCGGGGCCUUAACCCCGCCACUCUCACCGGAGGGAUCGACGUCAUCGUGGUGCGACAGCCUGAUGGAUCUUUCCAGUGCUCCCCCUUUCACGUGCGCUUUGGGAAGCUCGGCGUGCUGCGCUCCAAGGAGAAAAUAGUGGACAUUGAGAUAAACGGAGAGCCGGUUGACCUGCACAUGAAGCUUGGAGACAACGGGGAGGCGUUUUUUGUGGAGCAAAAUGAAAGCAUGGAGGUCCCAGCCCACCUGUGCACCUCCCCAAUUCCUCAGGAGGUCCCUGAGGAGCUAGAGGAGACACCCGAAGGACCCACCUUCGCCGGUUCUGGAGCCCGCAGGAAGAAACGCCGGCGCAAGCGGGUGCGUUCCGAUUCCCACUUAAGAGGGGGGGCCAGCUCCUCGUCAGAAGAAAGAGACCGAGAGAAGGAAGCUGAUCCAGCUCAGUGGGACAGUACCACGUCAGAGGACAUGUCCACACCUCUGCAGCUCAGUAAAUCUGUGUACUACUCCAUGUCUGAGGAGACUAAUGGAGAGCCGGGGCCGUUGCAAACCAGAGAGCAGCAUCCACAUUCUGACGGAGAGCAGUCAUCCACAGAAAACAGUGUGUUCUACAGCCGGCCAGAUUCUCCUAAAAGCGACUCGGAGCUUUUGCUUAAAUCCCAAGAUUCCUCUGGGCCUCAGAUGCAGUGGAACUGGGGAGGUUUUCCUCAGGUUCGUCUGCCAGAAAAGACACCUGCAGAGUCACCCGUCGUCCCUCCUUCAGGCGUCUCUCAUUUCCGCACCAUUGAGAGACAGAACUCCUUUGAUUUGGGUUGUGAGGUUGUGGUCGGCUGUGGGAGAGCAGGCAGUGUAACUGUUGUGAAACCACAGCCUCGGACUUUAGAUAACUGCUCCAUGCAAACCAGUUCUUUCACCUGGGAGAAGAAACCCCACGGUGACCUCUUCAUGUCUUGUGUUUCGUCAGGGGAUGUAGAUUUACAGGAGACAGUUGAAUACAGUCUGGGACAAGAGAAGAAAGGAGACUUGUCUUCUAGUUUAGGUAGCGGUGGUCCUAAUCCCCACUUCUGUAAAGAAGGCACUGUGAGUGCUGAGCAUGUUUGCUCUGUGACUGGUGCGAUCUGCCCACAACCUGAAAACGGUGUGGACACUGAAACCAAAGCAAAAGACACUGAAAAACAGAUUGUAACAGAAAAUAAGGACUGCACCGCUCUGAGAACAAGUCAGAGGGGUGGAGAACUGUUAAACCUGCAAAGCCAGGGUGUCCUUUCUGAGCAGAGUGAUCAGGGGUGUACCAAUGGUGCCCCCAUCAGGGGAGGAGACGGUGGAACAGAUCCUUGGGCAGAGGGAGGAGAUGAGGGCGGUGCAGCUGGUGGGACUGAUGGAUCAUCUUCUGAAAAAACUGCAGCAUGGGCAGAAGGAAAAGACGUUGCAGUCAACCUGGCAAAGUCCUCUGAAGCAUCCUCCAAACUGGAACAAGAUAAGAAGAAAGGUAAACGAAAUCAUCAUCUAGGACCAACAGAUAUUUACCUGGAUGAUCUGACCUCACUGGAUCCUGAGGUGGCUGCACUUUAUUUUCCCAAAAUUGAGGCAGAGGGAGCGUUUCACUCGGUUGCAGAUCUGGGCUCUGGCUCAGGCAGCCAUUCUCCUCAGUCAGUGGGCAGUGCGGCGAUGGACAGCGGGACAGAGUAUCUGUCUGAUUCCACCUGCUACAACAUGGACGUCAGCAUUUCCCUCUGUGGAAAAGAAGGCGACACCCGCCAGAUCACCAAAGAAAAGUUUACGGAGCACCUUGUGACGUACCAGGAUUUUAUCAACAAUCCAGGAAUCAUUGAGGAUCCGAGUCUUGUUUUCUGCAUCAAUUCCAAUUAUUACAACUGGGCGGUGGCUGCUCCGAUGAUCCUGUCAAUGUCAGCUUUUCAAAAAAACCUCCCCAAGGUAUUUUACUCUUUUAAAAAUAUGGAAAAUAAAGCAUCCUCCAAUAAUUUACACUACAAGCUUAAAAAAAAGCAAGCUUUUAGCUUAUUUAGUGUUUGUCAUACAAAGGGUACAGUAGAGCGUCUGGUGAAGGACAAGAUGUCCAAAAAGUCAGGACGCUGGUGGUUCUCCUGGAGGCGGAGAGACAUGGACAACAACCAGCAAAAACACUCCAGAGAGGAACAAGAAGAGCCACUGACGACUGCUUCUUCCACGGUUCAAGCCACUCUGGACGACGUUGACAGUGACGAGGCAGCGGGUCUUGGCAGAAAAGCCAUCAUUCCUCACAGCCUUUCCACAGAAACCAUUAAUGCUACUCAGACCAUCAACCAGAUCUAUCGCAAAUCCUUACGUCUGACUUCUAAACAGAUAGAGAAUCUAAAUCUGUGUGAAGGAGCCAAUAAAGUGGUGUUCAGUGUGACCACACAGUACCAGGGUACCUGUCGCUGUGAGGCUGCUAUCUACCUGUGGAACUGGGACGAUCGGGUGAUUAUAUCGGACAUCGAUGGCACCAUCACCAAGUCUGAUGCUCUGGGUCAUAUUUUACCUCAGUUUGGAAAAGACUGGACACACAAAGGAAUUGCCAAACUGUACCACAAAAUCCACCAAAAUGGCUACAAGUUCCUGUACUGUUCAGCGAGGGCUAUAGGUAUGGCUGCUAUCACUAAAGGCUACUUACAGUGGGUCAAUGACCAAGGCAUCAUCCUUCCCAAAGGCCCCGUCCUGCUGGCUCCCAGCAGCCUCUUUUCAGCACUGCACAGGGAGGUGAUUGAGAAGAAGCCGGAGAUUUUUAAGAUCGCCUGUCUCAGUGACAUCAGAGACUUGUUCAACCCACACAGACAACCGUUCUACGCUGCCUUCGGUAACAGGACUAACGAUGCUUAUGCCUAUAAGCAGGUUGGCGUGUCUGAAGCCCGAAUAUUCACCGUCAAUCCAAAAGGAGAACUGACCCAGGAGAUGACUAAAGGCAACAAGUCCUCGUACCAUCACCUCAGCGAGAUGGUGGAGCAUUUCUUCCCCAUGCUCCUCAUCGACGGCAGCACUUCCUCUGUGCUCGACUGUCCCGAGUACAGCAGUUUCUCCUACUGGAAGGAGCCUCUGCCUGACGUUGACCUGGACAAUCUGCUUUAAACUCGUGGAACUUUACACAGAUUCAUGCUAGAAUAAUGACUGUACGUUCUCAAGUUUGACCAGCACGGCUGCCUUUUCACUGAGUUGCCCUGUUGAAGUGAUAACUGUUGCUUCGUACACUCAAAGGGAGACUCUGAAGAAGUCAAAAGAACGCAAACAAAAUAAAUCAUCCCAGGUAC